UGUGAGAUAGGUAGUUGCCCGUUGCCGAUUAUCCGACGUGAGCGACAGUGCAUGUGAAACAUCAAUAGAAAAAAAUAGUGAUCGAGAAGAAAAAACCCCGCAAAGGGUGAGACAGGAAGAAACUUGAGAAACUAUGGCCGUGUCAGCAACUCCGCCGGUGCUUUCCCAAACCUCUACUCUGGAGUCUGGCAGCUUAUUUCGCUCCGAUCCGCUGUAUACAAGCCCGGCCGAGUCCCCGAGACUGACAAACAGCAUGAUCAACUCUUUCAUCAGCGGAGGAGGCGGUGGAAAUGGAAACGGCACAAGCGGCAAUAACGAGUGCAAAAUGGUUGAGGUGCACGGGGUCAGGGUCGCCUCGUUCAACGUGGACGGUCAAGAACUCAUCUGCCUGCCGCAGGUCUUCGACCUCUUCCUGAAACAUCUGGUCGGAGGGCUGCACACCGUCUACACCAAGCUGAAGCGGCUGGAUAUAUGCCCGGUCGUGUGCACGGUGGAACAGGUCCGAGUUCUGCGCGGGCUUGGGGCUAUUCAGCCCGGGGUGAAUCGCUGCAAACUCAUCACCCGCAAGGACUUCGAAGCGCUGUACAACGACUGCACCAAUGCUAGCUCCAGGCCUGGCCGACCACCCAAGCGUUCCCUGGGGGUAGCGAUGCAGGAAAGCUCCAGGCUUCUUCCCCACAGUGUCCACGGCCUACUGUCUCCCGGCCUCCUCUCAUCCAUGUCGCCCGGAGGGCUGACGGCUGCAGCGAUGGCCGAGGCUUUGAAGCUGCAGAAGAUGAAGCUGAUGGCCAUGAACAACCUGCACGGAGCCGGCAGCCAGAACGGUACCGAGUCAGAGAACGACGAGCUCAACUCCAACACAGGCGGAAGCGAGUCCUCCUGGGACAAAGAGAAGCUCCAGUCUCCCCCCUCCUCUGGUGCUUCCCACAGCCUGGGUCACGCAGGCCUGUCAGGGCAGCACGGCCUGUCCAGCUCCCAACUCAACUCCCUGCAGCAGAACCACCUACUGGCCAACCGACUGGACCUACCCUUCAUGAUGAUGCCCCACCCCCUGCUGCCCGUCGGCCUGCCGCCUGCGUCUGUUGCCAUGGCAAUGAACCAGAUGAACCACCUGAACACCAUCGCCAACAUGGCCGCCGCAGCUCAGAUGCACAGCCCCUUAUCCAGAGGAGGAGCGUCUGUCAUCAAGUCUGACCCUCGGUCUCUGUGGCAGGAGUGUGUCCAGGACAGCCCUUCUCCAGCCCCCUCCAUGGAGGAAGGUCCUCGCCCGGGCUCCCAGCCCUCCUCACACCCCAGCAGCAGUGCCUCCAGCUCCCCCGCCCCGCACCAACACACCCCCGACCGCCUGGUGAUGAAUCCUGUUGAUGGAGACCUUGGGGACAGAGAGGCUGGAAUCAACAUGAAAAACAUGUUCAAAGAGAAAGCAGAAGAAGGGCAGCUGGCCUUGCCCAUGAUGAAGCCAGGCUUUGAGAAGAUGGCCCUGGGUGGACAGACCCUGCCUCCAGGCUUUCCUGCGCCCUUCCUCUUCACCGACGGACUCAACUCUGUGGAGACUCUGCUCACCAACAUCCAGGGUCUGCUGAAGGUAGCCGUGGACAACACCCGUGUGCAGGAGAAGCACAUCCAGCAGCAGAGGAAGGAGCUUAAGAUGGAGCUCUACAGGGAGAGAGAGAUGAGAGAGACUCUGGAGAGACAGCUCUCCUCCGAACUGCACAGCCGAGCCACCAUCCAGAAGCGUCUGAAAAAGGAGAAGAAGGCUAAGAGGAAACUGCAGGAGGCUCUGGAGUUUGAGUCCAAGCGCCGUGAGCAGGUGGAGCAGGCCCUCAAAACAGUCACCUCCCCAGAGAACCUCCGUAUGAGUCUCAACGAGGCAGUGAUACCGGAGGUUGAGCCAGAGCAUAACGGCAGCCAGCAGGAGAACUCAGGUGUACAGGAGAACAGACCCUACACCAAGCCUCCCAUCAUGUACUGAAAGAACUCCAGCUCUUCCAGACCUGACCCAGGGCUGCCGCUGCUGGCUACCCCAGAGACAGAGCCCUUGGCUGGAAGAGAACGAGCGGAGAAGAGUGACGACUGAAGGGAGGAAUGGAUCCCCUGAAACUCAUGUACAGGACUGCAGAGAGGGUGUGGUGGGGUGAGAGGUAACACUGGAGUAGCUCUUUUUGCUGCCCCAUCAUCUCACUCCAGCUACUUGUAAAAUCCCUCUAUUUUACUUGUUUGAGAAAAAAAGAGUAAGGACCAUUGAAAAUAAAACGUGGAUUUUUCUCUACUCCCUGUGAAGCACAUACAGAAGCCUAUCCUCCUUCCCUAUCCUAUUUCUCUCCAAGCUGAUUGCCUCUCAUUAUUAUUAUUGUUAUUAAUUAUUAGUAUUAUUAUUGUUGUUAGUUGUUGAUUCCUCAAAUGCCCCAAUAUGUCCCAAUAGCACAAGUCUUGCAGCGCAUAUAUAGGAUAAUUUCUUCUUAAAGCUUGAAAAUCUGAAGGAGGAUAUGAAAUGUAACAUUCAAGACAAAAUGUGCUUCUCUUAUUAUAUCACCUCUUCUUCAUCAAGUAAAAGAGACUGAAACAGUUUCUGAAUUUAUAUGCUUUUUCUCUUUUGUCCUCUUUUUUUCUGAAAAAUGUCACUGCUUCGUGUUGACUUGGGAAUGUGUCCUCUCCCUGAACUGAAUGUGUCCUCUCCCUGAACUGAAUGUGUCCUCUCCCUGAACUGAAUGUGUCCUCUCCCUGAACUGAAUGUGUCCUCUCCCUGAACUGAAUGUGUCCUCUCCCUGAACUGAAUGUGUCCUCUCCUUGAACUGAAUGUGUCCUCUCCCUGAACUGAAUGUGUCCUGUCCCUGAACUGAAUGCUUCCUCUCCUUGAACUGAAUGUGUCCUCUCCCUGAACUGAAUGUGUCCUCUCCCUGAACUGAAUGUGUCCUCUCCCUGAACUGAAUGUGUCCUCUCCCUGAACUGAAUGUGUCCUCUCCCUGAACUGAAUGUGUCCUGUCCCUGAACUGAAUGUGUCCUGUCCCUGAACUGAAUGUGUCCUGUCCCUGAACUGAAUGUGUCCUCUCCCUGAACUGAAUGUGUCCUCUCCCUGAACUGAAUGUGGCCUCUCCCUGAACUGAAUGUGUCCUCUCCCUGAACUGAAUGUGUCCUCUCCUUGAACUGAAUGUGUCCUGUCCCUGAACUGAAUGUGUCCUGUCCCUGAACUGAAUGUGUCCUCUCCCUGCACUGAAUGUGUCCUCUCCCUGAACUGAAUGUGUCCUCUCCCUGAACUGAAUGUGUCCUCUCCCUGAACUGAAUGUGUCCUCUCCCUGAACUGAAUGUGUCCUCUCCCUGAACCGAAUGUGUCCUCUCCCUGAACUGAAUGUGUCCUCUCCCUGAACUGAAUGCUUCCUCUCCUUGAACUGAAUGUGUCCUGUCCCUGAACUGAAUGUGUCCUCUCCCUGAACUGAAUGUGUCCUCUCCUUGAACUGAAUGUGUCCUCUCCUUGAACUGAAUGUGUCCUCUCCCUGAACUGAAUGUGUCCUCUCCCUGAACUGAAUGUGUCCUCUCCCUGAACUGAAUGUGUCCUCUCCCUGAACUGAAUGUGUCCUGUCCCUGAACUGAAUGUGUCCUGUCCCUGAACUGAAUGUGUCCUCUCCCUGAACUGAAUGUGUCCUGUCCCUGAACUGAAUGUGUCCUCUCCUUGAACUGAAUGUGUCCUGUCCCUGAACUGAAUGUGUCCUCUCCCUGAACUGAAUGUGUCCUCUCCCUGAACUGAAUGUGUCCUCUCCCUGAACUGAAUGUGUCCUCUCCCUGAACUGAAUGUGUCCUCUCCCUGAACUGCGUUGUUUGUGUGUGUUUACUGAAAGCUCAGUCUGGAUACAAAGAAAGAGAUAUUGAGGCGUAUCCUAGAUACCUUUCCCCACUAAUGGUUUCUCUGUUGCUCAGUUCAAAUGUUAUAUUGCUGUUUAAAAGACAGUAUUACAGUAACCCCUGUUCUGUCCCCCCCUUUGUUUUUAAAGACAUGUAAAAAUGCUUUAGCAUUGGCUAUUCUGACGUCGUAAUUAAGUGGAUACAUUUGUUGUCAAGAAAAAAACGUACGUAAAAUGAAAUACCCCAAUGCAUAUCUGAUGCAAGCAUGCCUGUAGAUACAACACUGGUAAAAAAAAAAAGAAUUACACUUGCUGGUUUAAAAAACAUGCCAAUUCAAAUAUAUUUUUUACAAUUUGGGGAAUUUAAUUAUUACCAUGAUCACAACCAGGCAGCUAUUUCAAAUUGUUGACCUUGUUUUCAUGAUGAUAUCACAUCACAGCCGUGCACAAAACACACACAAUGACAAACAUACUUCUGGAAAUCUUGCUAGAUUUUUUUUGGGUUGUUGUUUGGUUUUGUAGUAAUAAAGAUCUAGAUUCAGA